AUGCCUCAGCUGGACGCCGGCGGGGGCGGCGCGGGCGGCGGCGACGAUCUCGGGGCGCCCGACGAGCUGCUGGCCUUCCAGGACGAGGGCGAGGAGCAGGACGACAAGAGCCGCGACAGCGCCGCGGGCCCCGAGCGCGACCUGGCCGAGCUCAAGUCGUCGCUCGUCAAUGAGUCCGAGGGCGCGGCCGGCGGCGCGGGGGUCCCGGGGGCAGGCGCCGGGGCCCGCGGCGAGGCCGAGGCUCUCGGGCGGGAACACACUUCGCAGAGACUUUUCCCGGACAAACUUCCAGAGUCUCUAGAGGAUGGCCUGAAGGCCCCGGAGUGCGCCAGCGGCAUGUACAAAGACACCGUCUACUCCGCUUUCAAUCUGCUCAUGCACUACCCACCCCACUCGGGAGCAGGGCAGCACCCCCAGCCGCAGCCCCCUCUGCACAACAAGGCCAGUCAACCCGCUCACGGCGUCCCACAACUCUCUCCUCUCUAUGAACAUUUCAGCAGCCCACACCCCACAGCUGCACCAGCUGACAUCAGUCAAAAGCAAGGAGUUCACAGGCCCCUGCAGACCCCUGACCUCUCUGGCUUCUACUCUCUGACCUCAAGCAGCAUGGGACAGCUUCCCCACACUGUGAGCUGGUUCACCCACCCAUCCCUGAUGCUAGGCUCCGGCGUACCCGGUCACCCGGCAGCCAUUCCCCACCCGGCCAUCGUGCCCCCCUCAGGGAAGCAAGAGCUGCAGCCCUAUGACCGCAGCCUGAAGACACAGGGAGAGUCCAAGGCAGAAAAGGAAGCCAAGAAGCCAACUAUCAAGAAGCCACUCAAUGCUUUCAUGCUGUACAUGAAGGAGAUGAGAGCCAAGGUCAUUGCAGAGUGCACGCUCAAGGAGAGUGCUGCCAUCAACCAGAUCCUGGGCCGCAGGUGGCACGCGCUGUCACGGGAAGAACAGGCCAAGUACUAUGAGCUGGCACGAAAGGAGAGGCAGUUACACAUGCAGCUAUAUCCAGGCUGGUCGGCGCGGGACAACUAUGGGAAGAAGAAGAGGCGGUCAAGAGAAAAGCACCAAGAAUCCAACACAGGAGGAAAAAGAAAUGCAUUCGGUACUUACCCGGAGAAGGCCGCUGCCCCAGCCCCGUUCCUUCCGAUGACAGUGCUCUAGGCUGCCCAGGGUCCCCAGCCCCCCGGGACUCACCCUCAUACCUCCUGCUGCCCCGCUUCCCCACAGAACUGCUUGCUAGCCCUGCGGAGCCAGCGCCUACAUCACCGAGUCUCUCGGCCACUCUCAGCCUCCCAGCCCCCUGGGCCCCCAUAGGCCCCCAGCAGCGCCCUGCAGAGUAUACAGGUACAGCAACAGGAAUCUCAGAGACAGGAGGCCUAGCGUGCACAGGACAUGUGGUCUCCUCCGGGGGGCCACCCUCUGAGAGGAGGCGACAGAGUCCCAAAGCACGUGGCAACCGGCCAGUGGCCCUGCUAAUUCCCUCUCAAGGUCCAGGCUCCAGAGAUUUCAAAGCCUGCACAACUUCUGCCUGAACCCAAGGCCAUCAAUUCAGACUGUGGUGGGGAUCAGAUCUGUGUUGUAAAUCAUCUGAUCAAGGGCAUCCCUCAUGCCCAUGGCAGCCUGCGUUUGUUCUUUUUAACCAUCCAUCUAGCCAGCCACAUGCCCCCGACUCCCUUGUCUUUCUGCUAUAGUUACAAGUGGGCUGGAGUGGGCCCUGCUGCUUUCCCUACCCUGCUCUCCUCACCCCCACAGUGCUAUGCCCUCCCUACACCAGACACUUCAUAGGCCAAGAAUGAGCUGGUUUAUCAAAUAACCAUGUGAGCGCAGUUACAACCACAAAGCUUAAAGACAAUAAUGCUUCUCUCAAUGUCCUGGAGAAACCCAGUUUACAGAAAAUCAGCUGCUAUUUGUAAACUGGACCAGAGAAUAAGUCUUGCCACGUUCUCAGGAGCUUGCAAGAGGAGGGAAUGGAGUAGGUCAAGUUUAGGUCUAUCACCCUAGGCAACAAGAAUAACCUGACACUAACUUAUCAGGCAAGUGUGUGUGGUGGGGCACCAGGAGCUGUAGUUCAAAUUAUUUGAAAUUAUUUCCUGAGAAACUCACCCACUUAAGUACCAAUACUAAGGUCCCAGGCCUAUUGCUAAUGGCUGUAAAGGAAAAAAAGUCAUAGCCUAAAACCUGGUGUGCAUUCCUCCUGACUUCGAGAGCACUUUUCACAGCUCCAGAUCCAGCUUAUUCAUGCCAGUACAGCUAACUCUUGGGUCGUUGUGAAAAGGGCCAAACCCCAAACUUCAUGACACCCGACUUCCAGCAAGAACCCAGGCCAGCUUGUUUCCCUAUGGGGCUGCAAGAAAGAGGGACCAUUACAGCCAAAGCAAGGAGCCCAGAAAACCACUAGUGGUGGACAGUGGUUUUUCACCACAGUCUAAUUUAACCCAUUUCUGAGCCAAGCUUCAACCCUGAGCCUUAAACAAAUCUUUUAAAUUAACUUUUUUUUUGCCUCCUCCUCACUGUAUAUACCUGAAUCCAAAGAAAAAGGCUGUCCACGUACCCCCAGCCCCACCCCCAACAAAAGCCUUUAGUUUCUACAUUAGCCACUGAUUUCUCAGAAUCCAAAGAUCAUUAUUCUAGUGUAGUGUUGCAGGAAGUCAAGAGAGAAAAGGACCAUUGUAGUGUUCCAAGUUAUUUUUGUAUUGUUAAUGCAUCAUCAUAGAAAAACUUUUUUAACAUGAGAAUAAAGAUACUUUUUACUGGGUUUCUUUUUCAAAGCUUGACCCUGAGGAAUAAGCGGUCUCAGUAACAGCAUAACAUAACACACUUUCCUUCUCUGCAGCCAUGAAAACUUGGGAGUUGUUCCCUAUUGCAAUAUACAUGUUCUGAAGUCCUUCCCUGACAGGAGCCAGAAAUCACUCUCAUUUCCCCUUAAGGGGAUUAGGGCCCUGUCCCAAUCCUGACUCAUGCUGGGUAUAAGCUCCUACUCCAAGCCUUGCUCUUAAUCCCCAAUCCUCUGACCUCACAAGUGGUUAACAGGCCAGCCUGUCCCCUAGUACUCAGAAUAAAUGGGUUUAAAGCUGCUGCCCACAAAUCCUAUGACAACUCAAAUGAAAAGAGGCACACAGGACCACCAGGCUCCAUUGUUCUCUGAGGGCAGAGAAAAAUACAAAACACUUGACAAGCACAUAACCUAUUUCAAUGAAAAAAAUUGAACAGCGAUACUUCAUAAUCUGGUAUCAUGUCCAAAAUAAGGGUAUUUUAAUAGCACCCCUUCUCCCCCUCCCAAUGACUGUCAAGGUGCUUUGAAGUAGUCACGUUGUAAUUUUC